GGGCGGGGGACGUCCUGCGUCCAGUUGUUCGAAUCGCAUCUGGUUGAUAUAUGUUCACUAGAAAUGGGUUCAGGUGAAAGCGAGGCGGGCCAUUAAAUAAUCAAUUAUAUCCCUUCCCCUCCGACCCGUCACUUGGGAGCGACGCGACAAGUCAUUUUGUUAUCAUUCCCUGGCAAUAAUCCUUUCUUUUCUUCUUUUUGUUUUUGCGGAAAAGACCCUCAAGUUUUAGGUAAUUUUGUCUUCCGCUUUCUCGUCUUUUUCUUUUGCCCUGUAUCCCCAAGCAGCGCCCGACGCCCACUUUGCUCCCUCGUCCUCCUACCCAGGGAUGGAAACCCUAGAGGCCACCGAGCCCAUGUCCGGCGAGUCGCCGACCCAACCCCAAAGCUCGGGUUCCCCCCAACCGCCACUGGCUCCAUCCGAGCGGCGACUCCUCGAAUCUACGUAUCUUGCGGACGCUGCUGCAGACGGCGCCUCCGUCGCGGCGAACUUGGCUCCGGUAACCCCCUCCGGAACCGAAGCUAAGGAUGAUGUGGAUGCGCAUUUUGGCAACGGGGGAUUGGGUCUAGGAUCGGUUACCGGCGAGUCACCGGAAGGAAUCCCUAUCGCCGUCGGCGAUCUCGUGUGGGGGAAGACCAAGAACCAUCCCUGGUGGCCGGCGCUGGUUUCCGAUCCCUCCCGCGCGCCCAUCGAUGCCAAGAAGGCCCACCUGAGCGACGUCUCCCUCCUGCUGGUCUACUGCUUCGGCAGCGGUGCCUUCGCCUGGUGCGAGCCAGCCCAGCUGAAGCCCUUCGUCGAGGACUUCCAUUGCAUGACGAGGCAGAGCAGCUCUAAGAGCUUCGUCGCAGCCGUCGAGGGCGCCUUGGAUGAGAUCAGGCGCCGCCUCCAGUUGGAGCUCACUUGCGGCUGUGUUCCGCCGGAGGCCGGAGGGAAGACUGCUGAAUGCCCAGCCGGGAGGCUUCCGAUCUCGAACUUUCAGCCUUUGGAGUUCCUCGAGCAUCUCCAAGACGUGGCUUGUGACGUUACGAUGGCCGAUGUGUUACAAGUUGCAGCUUUGAGAAGUUGGGUGAUCGCUUUCGCCAAAGGAUGGACUGCUGGUUUGCCUGGGUACCACCCUCGCCGUGAGAUAAUGGAGCUGGUGGACAAGAUUGAUCUUGACGUGCCACCAGGAGACCUCGGCGAUGGCAAUGAGGAGGGAGAUGGCGAAUGUUGGAUCACCGGGAGCAGGUUCAGAAAAGGUCUCAAAACAUCAGAGGAUAACUUGCACAAGAGGCAGAAAAAAAGGAGCAUGGCUGCACUGAUCGCUGGGAUGGAGUUGGAUACAGUUGAGCUCAGCGAUGGUGAUGAAUUUACAGUGGAGGAGAAGGUAAAGGGCGUGAAGAACCAGAUGAUCAAGAAGGUGAAAGAUAUGGAUGCGGAUGAUUGUGGUGUUGAGGCCCAAGAAGAUACUGGCUCAGGUAGACGGGAGCGGAAGAAGAGCAAGUACUUGUCACCUCCUUACACUUGCUUGGGUGCAUAUACCAACACUCUUGACUCACCGAGGAGUGGUGAGGUGAAGUCGCCUAGGAAGGCUGCUGAAGCCUCUCGGGCUCUAAAUUCUGAUAUCUCAUCCUUAUUGAGGUGCGACUCGGAGUCCGUUGAGAAGGAAGAGGAUACUAGUAAUCCUGGUUUUGGAAUUGAGAGCACUUCUGUCAAUGACAUUCUUGCAGAAUUACUUUGCACGGCAAGAAAUCCACUUCAUUUAAAGUGGAACCGAUCAGCAAAGAUGAUUAAGAGCUUCUUCAUUAAAUACAGAAGCUCAAUGUACUCAAGUGGAUCUGACUUCCUAACCUACCAGAAGCACCAUAAUGAAUGCUGUCAGGUGAGUAUAGAAUCUCCAAACAAGCUGAUUGUCAAUAAUAGUUCUGAACUGGGAAAAUCCGAGGGGGGAUGGAAGGACAAGAAAGAUGCUACUGAUUUGCAAGUAGAGACAGGCCUAGCUCCUGAUUCAAGAAGUUGUUCUGAACAAUGCAAGGUUGGGCGGAAGAGGAAGAUGAGAAAGAAUGAAGAUAACAAUGUAACACCAGCAGAUUUGGAGCCUCAGGUCAUAAACAUUCCAGUGGAAAGAAAAAACAUAAAGAGCAAAGUUGUAGCUACUGGAGAAAGUGUAGUUCUGUGCCCUGCGCCUGUUAAUUGUAUGCAACCAGCUGAAGUUGGAAACAAGAUGAAUAAGAAGGGUAAGGGAGUUACUAAUGGGCAAAAGGCUGUGGACCCUGUCCAUAAUCUUUCAGAGUGUUCGCAAGAUGGCAACUCUAAACGGAAGAGGAAGAAGAGCAAACGUGCAAAUGCUGAUGUACCCUUGGUUGAUUCGAUCAGGGGCAUCACAAAUACUUUGGAGAAAGUCAAAUCUGAGCACACGAGGAAAGAUGAUGAAACUUGUUACAGUUACCCUGGAGCUCUUCUCUUGACUUUUGCCUCAGGAGUUCCUUUGCCCUCCCAAAGCGAACUAAUUUCUACUUUUCGCAAGUAUGGAGUUGUGAUAGAAUCAGAGACGGAGUUGCUAAAAGAGACCAGCAGUGCUCGUGUUGUGUUUGCCAAAAGCACUGAUGCGGAAAAAGCCUUCAAUAGCUCAGAUAAAACUGGUGUCUUUGGGCCACCAUUUGCAAACUACCAUCUCCACUAUCUACCUCCGAUUGCAUGCACUCCUCAUCCAAUACCUCCUCUUCCUUACAUAAGGGAGAGUCUCGAGAGGAUGAUAUCUACUCUGACUACUACUACGUCAGUGAAAGAGACAGGGCCAUCUGAUGGGAUGAAGCCUGCUGCAAGGGAAAAUUUAGUUGGAGACAUGGAGGGCCUCCUGAAGAAGGUGAACACAAUGCUAGACGGGGCUGCUGCUGGUACCUAGUUUGAGAAUGAUAGUAUGGUUCUAACAUCUUUUAGCUUAGGCAUCAGUGAUCGGCCCUGCUUUAUCAGGUUGUUGAAUGAUGACCUAUAAGUGGGAUCAGUACCACUUGCUUUAUUUAGGUUGCUGAAUGUAAGUGUAAUUGUUAUUAGUACCGUCAGUACGACUUGCUUGAUCUCGUUUGCUGAACAUUGACAUGUUGACCUUAUGCAUAGCUUAGUUUAGAUCAUCUGUGUGCAUUAUAGACUAUUUCUUCUCACUGUUUUCUGCCAGAUAAUGGAUAACCUCAUCCGCUUUGCGCA